AUGACAGACAUGGGAAAGAGUAACGCAGGAGGACAAAACGUGAGAGAAGAUGGAGUAACGGCACUGGACUUUUGCGGAACGCGGGAGCGAAGGGAGCCGGAGAGAAAGCAGGACUCAGGGGAGGAGAGGGGACGAGGGCUGACGGAUGACGGGAGGCCUCGACCUAGAUAUGAAGAGUUGCUGUGA